AUGGUGGAGCACUUUUAUGGGAAUGUAAGGGUUCAUUGGACGAACAAGGACAGUUGGAACUGGUUGGUGAACAUGCUUUCAGAUGAAGAGGUGGCUACCAGCAUGGUUAUUGCUUGGCAGAUAUGGGAAAGCAGAAACAGAAGCAUCUUUAGAGGAGAAACAAUUGAUGAACAACAACUAGACCGAUCAAUAGUCUUGUUCAUAAAUUCCAACAUAGAUAAAGGCACAUGCAUAUCCCAAACGAGAAGGAGCCAACAAAAUGAUGGGUACCUGCCACGAGGAAGGGAGAAUCUCAACAUGCUUGGCGUUCGGUGGAGUGCUCCCCCUACCAAUUGCUGGAAACUCAAUACAGAUGCAUCGUGGAGUGAGGAGCGCGAAGUAGGUGGCAUAGGGUGGAUUCUUUGUGACUGUAGGGGGGAGAUUGUUUUGGCUGGAAACUGCAAAAUCAGGGAGAAGAAGGAAAUCAACGCCCUAGAACUAAUGACGAUAAUUCGAGGACUCCAAUUCAUCAACAUGCAAAGUAGAAGUCCAAUUUACCUUGAAUCAGAUUCAGUCGAAGUAAUUCGAUUAAUGAAGAAGGAGGACGUCGAUCUAACAUAA